AUGGCGGGCUUGUACAAGCGAUAUAUACCGCCCAAGUCUACUGGGGGCGUAGAGACGUCAAAUGUAGCUCACUCCGUGGCUGCUGCUGUUGUGCCCAAGCCGCCGCCAAAGCAGAAAGCUGCAGUCCCAGUGCCGGAAAAGAAACGGAAGCGAGAAAGAUCAGAGGAUGAAGUCGCGGAGCGCAAAGCGAAGAAGCUGAGGAACAAGGGUCUCGAGGCAACGAAAGAGAGUGUGCUCAAAGCUCAAGUUGAAGCUCGGAAAGAGGAAGAGGCUAAAGUCGAAGUUGUUGCCAAUGCGUCUACGGAUGCGCUGCCGGGUGCCGAGCAUGGCGAAGAGGAUGCUGCUAUGGACGGCGACGAUGUAGCGCCAGAGGCUGUGCCGACGGGUGAUUUUGCACAUAUCAAAAACAAGAAGAAGCGACAUAAGCUGGAGAAGGAAGCAAGAAGGGCUCGAAAAGAGGCCGAUAAGGCUGGCAAGGACGAUGACGAGGGUCUUGAUGUUGGAGCAUCUGAUGCGCACUUGUCUUCAGAGCCUGCUCCAGAUUCUGAGAGGAUGGACGAUGAUGUGGAGGAGACUCAGGAUGUCGCGACGACAGGGAAGAGCACCGAAGCCACUUCGGCCGAAUCCCAACCUCAGACGAACGGUCUCGCAACGACGGAACCUCGCAAAAGACGACAUAGGCUCGAAAGUGUGCUGAAGCAGACAGAGGACGGGCCUCUCGAGUCCAACGAUGGGCAACAAGGUCAAGUUGGCAAGCACUCGAACGUCCUUGACAAGUUCCAGAAGAGCAAGUCUCGUGCACACGAAACACAGGCGCUACCUACGAAGGAAGAAUCCGACUCUGCGGAGCCUGUAGUGCUGCGCGACCUCGUCCCAUUACCACAGCCCGAAGAAGUCGUCACACCAGAGUUUAUAGCCGACCAGUCUUCACUUCCCACAUGGCUAGCCAAGCCAGACAUCAUCUCAGGCGACAGCAGAGCAGGCUUCAGUAGUCUCGAUCUCGGGCAGGAUUUGGUUAACAGACUAUCAAGGCUCGGCUUCACAGAUGCUACGCCGGUCCAGCAAGCUCUGAUACCACUACUACUGCCUCCCGGAACAGCAGGUGCAAAGUGGUUUCCGGGCACGGAGUCAGUGCUGCCAGAUCUAGCUGUCGGCGCUGCAACAGGUAGUGGCAAGACCAUCGCAUAUCUUUUGCCCAUGGUUGAAUCAUUGAAACGAUCCGGCCAGAUAUCUGGGCAGCUGAAAGGACUUGUGGUUGUUCCGACGCGCGAGCUUGUUGAGCAGGUUUCGAAGGUCGCCAAGGCACUGGUGGAAGGCAGUGAGGUGUCUGUAGGAACGGCGACUGGUAUUGGAAAGCUCAGAGAUGAGCAAGAUGCACUUAUUAGACUAUCGCAGAGACAUGAUGGUGCUGCGUACCAGGAUCUCAUGAAAACCGCGCACAGACGAGACUACCCACCCAACGAGGAGGACGACGGUUUCGAAGACUGCCUUGACGAGAUCGAAAACGAAGAUCCGCGAGAAGUCAAACGCCUUGAGGACGCCGUGACUGGCUCGCCUUAUCACGUUCCGGUAUAUGAGACCACGGCUAAUAUCCUCAUAUGCACUCCGGGCCGCCUUCUCGAGCAUAUCUCAAGUACACUCGGCUUCACGUUAGCACAUCUUGAGUGGCUGAUUCUUGAUGAAGCAGAUAAGCUACUUGAUCAGCAGUAUGACGGGUUUUUGGAGACUGUCAAUACGGAGCUUGAACGAGGGCGUACGUCGGAGGAGCAAGGUGCCCGCGAGCGGUUGCUGAGAAAGGAAGGAUGGUGGCAUGAGCACCUCGAAAGGAGAGUGAGGAAGGUGGUACUAUCUGCCACGAUGACCAGGGAUGUGUCGAAGCUUACCGCAUUGCGUCUAAGUCGACCAAGGCUGAUCGUCGUACGUGGAACCCACGAGCAGGAUGCCUCGGCCAUCGAGGGCGUUGUGGACAAGAGCAUCAUCAGCAAUGUUGAGCGAGUCAAGCAAGUCGGGGAUCGCUUCGAGCUACCUGCUACGCUGCAGGAGUACUGUGUGCCUUUAGUCGAAGACGCCGAUGGCGACAAGCCUCUGUACUUGGUCGAGCUGCUGGAGAAGAAUAUAAUGAUCGGCAACAGUGCACGUCCUGUAAAAGCAACUUCAAAAGCGACCAACGAAGCGAACAGCGGCGAUUCCGACAGCUCCGACUCUGACCUCUUGGACUCGAGCUCAGACUUAUCGGAGAACACAAAGAGUAGUCCUUCCGAAAUCAGCGACUCGAACGAAGAAGUCGCAGAUGCAGAGGCUGAUGAGGAUGCAGAGCCCGAAUCAACCAUCCACCCUGCCCGUGCCGCACUCUUUGCUCCCAAGAUGCCUGCUUGGACACUUGACGGUGCUAUGCAACCCACAAUCUUGAUAUUUACCUCCAGCAAUGAGUCGGCUACACGUCUCGCUCAUCUACUCCGCAAGUUGAAACCAGAGUGGUCACCCUAUAUCACAACCCUUACCAAAGACAAACAAAGGAAGAAACGGCCCACGAGCGCCACCACCACGUCCAAACCAGUCCUAGCCAUCUCCACCGAUCGUGCCUCUCGCGGCUUGGACGAUGUACAAGGCCGAAGCAUAACGCAUGUCAUACAGUACGACGUCCCCCGGACCCUUGAGGGCUAUGUUCAUCGCGUUGGACGCACAGCGAGAGCUGGGAAACAAGGUGAGGCGUGGACGCUGUAUGUCUACAAGGAAGCCAAGUGGUUUCUGGCCGAGUGCGUGUACUCGCCAAAGAUAGGAAGACCGCGAGUUGUGGAGAAGAGGAAGAUCGAGUUGAGAGAAGAUGCGGAUAGGAGAGGGAAGUACGUGCAGAUUAUGGACGGGAUGAGGGAGGAGGUGCAGGGUGAGCGUCGUGGGUCGUGA